UCGCUGCCGCUGUUCCCCUAGCAAAGCCCGCACUGGUGUCUCCUUCUGCUCUGCUCAUGCACCCUGCAGGCAUUGGUGGUCUAGGGUAAGAAUCUUCUGCCGAACCACGAGAGUGAACGAAAGCAAAGAUCUAUGGCCACGACUAAGAAAGUGGAAUUGGCGGAAGCCCUGGCCCUGGGGCCCACCUGGCGACAUCUUUGUUACGUGAUGCUGUAUGCGCCCGAUCCAAGGAAGCUCUUCGGUGACCGCAUCCCACUACGCUAUUCUGUACUGAUGUACAUGCGCUUUGAUGGACGACUGGGCUUCCCUGGAGGUUUUGUGUCCGAUCACAGCCCCACCCUGGAGGACGGGUUGAAUGAGGAACUGCUGAAGAGGUUGGGUGAGGGUGUGUCCACUUUCACUGUGGACCACGGUGACUACCGAAGCUCCCUCGCCCAUGCCAAGUCGAAAGUGGUGGCCCACUUCUAUGCCAAGUGUCUGACCCUAGAGCAGCUCCAGGCUGUGGAAGCCAAGGCACCGCUAGCCAAAGACUACGGAUUGGAGGUCUUCGGCCUGGUGCGGGUGCCCCUGUAUAUCUUACAGGAUGGCGUGGGAGGCCUGCCCGCCUUCCUAGAGAAUUCUUUCAUUGGUGCUUCCAGGGAGCAGCUUCUGGAAGCCCUCCAGGACUUGGGAAUUCUGGAUCCUGAAACCAUCUCAAUCGUAAAGGAACGAAUUAUACAACAGAAGCUGAGAUGAGAGACAUUGGUUGUAGGAGUCUGGGGGGGAGGGGGAUGUUUUCUGGGCCUGAGAGAUGGUAAUGGAUACCAGAUUAAAAGGCAGAAGUGUAA